UAUAUAUCACCGAUUUAAACCAGACGAAAUUCAUUUGAAUUUUUACUUGCAACCGGGCAAGUUCAGCGCAGUUCGAAUCCCAGUUUUUGGUUGGCGAGUGUGCUGCACCCACACAGGGCAAAUAAUAAAGUUCGUUAAACGACGCGAUGAAAUUCCUGAUCUGUGCACUUUUCCUGGCGGCGUCCUACGUGGCCGCUUCCGCCGAGGCGGAGGUCAAAGUUGAGGAUGGCGUUUUGGUGGCGACUGUGGACAAUUUCAAGCAACUGAUUGCCGACAACGAGUUCGUGCUGGUCGAGUUCUACGCCCCAUGGUGCGGACAUUGCAAGGCUCUGGCUCCCGAGUACGCCAAGGCUGCCCAGCAGCUGGCCGAGAAGGAGUCGCCCAUCAAGCUGGCCAAGGUCGAUGCCACCGUCGAGGGUGAGCUGGCCGAGCAGUACGCCGUGCGCGGCUACCCCACUCUGAAGUUCUUCCGCAGCGGUGCUCCCGUGGAGUACAGUGGUGGCCGCCAGGCUGCUGACAUCAUCGCCUGGGUGACCAAGAAGACCGGCCCACCGGCCAAGGACCUGACCAGCGUGGCUGACGCCGAGCAGUUCUUGAAGGACAACGAGAUCGCCAUCAUUGGAUUCUUCAAGGAUGCCGAAUCGGAGGAGGCCAAGACCUUCACCAAGGCCGCCAACGCUCUGGACUCGUUCGUCUUCGGUGUGAGCAGCAAUGCCGAGGUGAUUGCCAAGUACGAAGCCAAUGACAAUGGAGUGAUCCUGUUCAAGCCUUUCGACGACAAGAAGUCCGUGUUCGAGGGUGAGCUGAGCGAGGAGAACAUUAAGAAGUUCGCCCAGGUGCAGUCGCUGCCCCUGAUCGUUGACUUCAACCACGAGUCUGCUUCCAAGAUCUUCGGCGGCUCGAUCAAGUCGCACUUGCUCUUCUUCGUGUCCAAGGAGGCCGGCCACAUCGAGAAGUACGUGGACCCCUUGAGGGAGAUUGCCAAGCAGUACCGCGACGACAUCCUGUUCGUGACCAUCUCGUCCGACGAGGAGGACCACACCCGCAUCUUCGAGUUCUUCGGCAUGAACAAGGAGGAGGUGCCCACCAUCCGUCUGAUCAAGCUGGAGGAGGACAUGGCCAAGUACAAGCCCGAGUCGAACGAUCUGUCUGCCGAGACCAUCGAGGCCUUCCUCAAGAAGUUCCUGGACGGCAAGCUGAAGCAGCACCUCCUGUCCCAGGAUCUGCCCGAGGACUGGGACAAGAACCCCGUCAAGGUGCUGGUCUCUAGCAACUUUGAGAGCGUUGCUCUGGACAAGAGCAAGAGCGUGCUGGUCGAGUUCUACGCCCCGUGGUGCGGACACUGCAAGCAGCUGGCUCCCAUCUACGACCAGCUGGCCGAGAAGUACAAGGACAACGAGGACAUCGUCAUCGCUAAGAUGGACUCGACUGCCAACGAGCUGGAGAGUAUAAAGAUCUCGUCGUUCCCCACAAUCAAGUACUUCCGCAAGGAGGACAACAAGGUCAUCGACUUCAAUCUGGACAGGACUCUGGACGAUUUCGUCAAGUUCCUCGAUGCCAACGGUGAGGUGGCCGAUUCCGAGCCCGCCGAGGAGACCGAGGAGGAGGAGGAGGCGCCCAAGAAGGACGAGUUGUAAAUCCAACAAUUACCACAGCCCCAACCACAUCUACACAGAAACACACACGAAAAUCCAACAACUACGAACAGCAACAUCCGUGUAACAAACAACAAAAAGCCACAACUAGCAACGUACAUUCUGUAGUUUAUUUCUAACAUUUCGGCGCAUGUGGGCGUCCAGAGUUUCCCCAUCCGGCGGCUGAGUUUUUGUCAGGCGCUCGGAUUGGGUUAGCUGGUCGUCAGCUUGGCCAUCGAAGCAUUUUUGCCCGACCUCGGUUUUUUAUUCGCAUACUUACUACUUUCGUUGUAUGUACAAUUGCAACGCAGAUUUAAACGCUCUCAGCGCGAUGUUUCGUCCGCUGUCGGCGUAAACUUAAAAUUCAGUUUUAAUGAAGAAUGAACGAAAGCGAUAAAUUUAAAUAUCUAAUUCUUUAAGUUUUCUAUUUUGGAAUUUUUAGAAUCAUUGAAAGAACUGAUUAAGAACGUAACAAAUAAAGUUGGUAACAACAUUAGAAAAA